GCAACACCAGUUUGAGGUGUCAAGCAAGUCAAUGUGAAGUGUCAAAUAAAAUUAAAAUAAUUUUUUUGUUAUGUUGUGAUGAUUUUGUGAUGAUGGAUGAUCCCUGUAAUCUACUUGUAAUCUCAACUUCAUAUUGUUUUUGUUCGAGCGCGACAAUUUAUGUACCCUACUCUCUUAUAGCGACUAUCUAUUGAUAUUCAUUAAUAAGCUAUUCCCACGCAAAAACCAACAUCACGAGAAUAUAUGGAUCGGUUGCAGUUAACGAUUUAUUAAGCAAUGGCUGUUGUGAAAACCCCUGUGUUAAAAGUUAUAUUAUGUGGCGAAUACGGAGUAGGGAAAAGUUCUUUAUUUAGGCGCUUCAUCAAUAAUACUUUUCUCCCAAACUCAGAUCGAAGAUCGACAUUGGGUUUAGACCAUUUUGAGAAACUAUAUAAAGUUGGGGAAAAGGAUGUCAAGUUGCAGUUGUGGGACACUGGGGGCAUGGAAAGAAUAGCCUCAGUUACAUCAAGUUACUACAAAUUCGCUGAGGCAGCAAUAUUGGUGUUCUCACUAGACAAUGCCUCUUCAUUCCACAUUUUAAGUCAACACCUGUUGGAUAUUGUUACCUAUGCAGAGAAUGCUAAAAUAUUCUUAUGUGGAAACAAGUCUGAUUUGGAAGGAUCAUCUCCACAAGUCACUGAUGCUGAUAUUGAAACCUUCUGUGAGCAGUGCCAUAACCUGAUCAGUACUACAUACAAGACAUCAUGUAAGACUGGCAAAGGAGUGGAAGAAAUGUUCUUUGACAUUGCACAGCAGCUGGUAGAGACAAACAGGUCAAGGAUAGAACUUCAAACUCUGGAUCAUAACAGUUUUAAGAUAACCAAUCCUGAACCUCCUGAAGAGCCUUCAUGUGGCUGUUGAGUCAACAAAUUUCAAUUUGGAUUUCUUCUAGCUUUACUAUAUUUGUGUUUGUAGAAGUGUGUGUUCUUGUGCUAUGAACAGUACAAUAUACCAACAGCAUACAAUUAAUUGCUUACAUUAGAAUUCUUGAAUAAUCAAGAAUUCUAACUUAUGGGGACUGAUGUACUGUUUGCUGUAUAUCAUGUUAAUCAUAAUACUGGGCAAGUCAGUAAGGGCUUAGUUAGUGAAUAUGGUACUGACAUUCUCUUUGUGAACCCAGAUGAAAAAUUUACUGUUAGCUUGAAUGUAGAUAAAUAUAUGCUCAGAUAUAAUCUCCUGUUUAAAAUUUGUUUCAGUAAGGCCUUUUGAAAUUUAUAAAAUAUCAAUUUAUAUCUAUAGAAAUUAGCAAAGGUAAUCUUAAAAUAUACCUACCAAUGUUUUGGAGACUGUACAUAGCCUAAAGUUUUACAAUGUAUAACUGUUAAGUUUCAUACUAAUGUGUUAGGCACAAGCUAACAAGUACAAUAAUGAGUGUAUUAUUUUUAAUUUUGGCUAAACCAAAUAUAUUAUUUAUUGGUGAUUGAUAGCACUCCCAACAAAUAUUAUUAUGUAAACUGGAUAAUAAAGUAAUAAUAAGGUUCCUCUGCAUAAUAAAAUUCAGGUUUACAUUGAUGCAGCCUUUAUUAUUAACAAAAAAUAAUAUCUAUUCACAACAAAAUAUUAUGGUAAUUAGUUACAAUUAACUUUAUUGUUCCAUAUUUUAAAAUGAUUAUGACAUAUAAACAGACUGCUAGACAUUUUUAUCACAUAAUUUGUUCAACAUCAAUGUUUCCUUAGAGUCAACAUGACAAAUUUUAUCACAAUGAAGUCAAAGGUGUCUUUCAAAUGUCCAAAGAUUUAAAGGACAACAAAAUAAUAAAAACCCUAUUUGUAUAAGUUAAUAAUACAUUAAUAUUCUCACCAGAUCUCUUUAAGCAUAAGCUGGAAUUUUUGAAGCUUCUUUGAUGUUUUGAAUUAAAUAUAUUUAAUAAUAAAAUAUUAAUGCUGA